AUGGCUGCCGAGUCUGCCGAAACGGCGCCUUCCCUACCUUAUCACGAACCAGAUAUCAUCACAAUCCUCAUCCUCACUUCCUUCCUGCUGUUACUGAACGUCAUCAAUUCCGUAUUUGACAAAUUUCUCUACUGUGGUCUCCUCGGUCAAAUCGCAGUCGGCAUUGCAUGGGGCACUCCAGGCGCGAAGAUACUUUCGUCGAAUGUCGAAGAUGCGGUGGUGCAGUUGGGAUAUCUAGGGUUGCUAUUACUUGUGUUUGAAGGUGGCCUACAUACCUCGUUCCAAUCGCUAAAAGCGAAUCUGCUAUUAUCAUCUGGUGUCGCGUUGACGGGAAUCGCCUUGCCAGUGGGUUUGUCGUAUACCCUCCAAGGCUUACUCGACGCGACGCCGUUGCAAGCUUUUGCUGCGGGAGCAGCAUUGUGUUCAACCAGCCUUGGCACUACGUUCACGGUUCUAGCGUCGAGCGGUUUAUCGUCGUCCAGAUUGGGCGUUGUGCUGACGAGUGCGGCUAUGAUGGAUGAUGUUGUGGGACUCGUCAUGGUGCAGGUGAUUUCUAACUUGGGUGGAAGCAACUUUAGUUGGGUUGUUGUUGUGCGCCCGGUUCUUGUGUCAGUAGCAUUUGCGCUGACUGUACCUGUUGCUUGCCUCUUCAUUGCGAGACCGGUUACUCUACGGCUUAAUAAGUACCGUGAAGCUCACCCAAACGAGGCCCUGGAUAAGCUUUUGCGGAAGCCUCAGACAGCCUUUGUGCUGCAUACUCUACUCUUGGUUGGCCUGAUCGUUGGUGCGACGUAUGCUGGGACUUCGAACCUAUUCGCCGCGUACAUCGCUGGAGCAAGCAUCAGCUGGUGGGACUCUGAAGUGGCUCAUCCUGUUGUCAAGACGACAGUACAUGGGGCUGCAGCUGUUGGUGAACAGAGUACAGUACCUACCGAUCCUUCUCCAGAGCCGUCGAACGGCUCACAAGGCUCUGAUAAUAUCCAAAACUCUACGCAAAGUACAUCUACCCUCAAAGCCAAAAAAGAGCACAAGACUCCAUCGGAAACACAGCCUGUUGAAGCAUCGAGUACAUGUAAUGGCGAUGAAGACACAUCUGGAUCCACCAUUUAUCACCGAUACUACUACCCCGCUGUCUCCAAGAUCCUCCAGCCCUUUUUCUUCGCCUCCAUCGGCUUCUCCAUCCCAAUCACCCGCAUGUUCAGAGGCGCCAUCGUGUGGCGCGGUUUCGUCUACACUAUUUUGAUGCUCCUUGGCAAGAUCGCUUGCGGCUUCUGGCUCGUCCGGUUCUCUAUCGCACCAGCUAAAGGUAAUGUUAGCCGUGUAUUAUCCAAACUUAAACAGCUGUAUGUUCCGCAUUUCUGGUCCAGAAGCACGAGCGCAGCAACGCCUGGGCCGAACAGCGCAAGAGAACCGACCACAAGCACAUCAACGCGCGCUUCACCGAACCCGCCAAAACCGUUUUCACUUCAUCCUCCCCUCAUCAUCGCUCUUGCAAUGUGCUCACGCGGUGAGAUUGGGUUCCUCAUAUCCGGUGUUGCGGAAUCGAAAGGCAUCUUUUCCUCACCCAAUGACGUCUCGACUGACUCGUCAAAUAUCUUUCUUGUGGUGACGUGGGCGAUUGUUCUUUGUACGAUUAUCGGCCCCUUGGGUGUUGGGAUGUUGGUUCGGAGGGUGAAGACGCUGGAGGAGCGCAAGAAUCGAGUGCAUCAGGGGAGUGGGAGGGAUGUGCUUGGUGUUUGGGGUAUGCAGUGA